AACCACGCUUAGGUUGCAAGUUUUUGGGUUUGGGUUGUUUGAGACGGCAUCGUUUUAGGGAAGUGAAGUUGAAGUGACAGAGGAGACUGUAGAGGCGCAGUGAAGAGAAUGAAGGCGUUGGGAUGGUGGCUGAUAGCGGUGGGCACGCUUCGAUUGGCCUCGGUGUGGUUCGGUUUCUUCGACAUUUGGGCUCUUCGACUCGCCGUCUUCUCCAACACCACAAUGACUGAAGUUCAUGGGCGCACAUUUGGAACUUGGACAUUGUUGACCUGCACCCUUUGCUACAUUUGCGCAUUCAACCUUGAAAAUAAGCCUCUCUACCUGGCUACUUUCUUGUCAUUCAUCUAUGCAUUGGGACAUUUCUUGACAGAAUACCUAAUUUAUCGCACAAUGGAGAUUAAAAAUCUAACUACUGUUGGCAUAUUUGCAGGAACAUCGAUAGUAUGGAUGCUGUUGCAAUGGAAUUCUCACUCGAAAGUCAACUUGAAACACUCUUAGCAAGCAAAAACAGAUGGGGGCAAAAGUGCAAUAGUACGAUUGGUGGUAUUCGACGGUGUAAAAUACAAGAGACACGCAGCUUUAGAUAUCUCUUCCGUUUUUUAGAUUUUAUUUAUCGACAUUUCAUGUUAAUACGAACUAGUUCGGCCACCCAUUGCGGUUUACGAAGUCAUGAGUGCGGUGCUUACCUUGUUAACCUAUUCAUAAAAUGCAAAUAAUUAUCGCCUUUGCUCCGUUUUGCACUAAGAAAUGAGAACCCUGGUGUCUAGAAUUUUGAAGA